UUCAAAACAAUCCAUUUUACGUGCUAUGUUAAACGCUCCACUUAAUAUUUGGACACAUAACACAUUCACAAACGAUUCGCAGCAUUUCAAAUGCUGUGAUUAUAGACCAUUGAAAGGGUAAUUAAUGUAUCUAUAGCAACAAAACCUUUGGGACUAACGUAUUUGCAUGGAUUGUUAAACACAUUUAAGAUAUAACUUAACAACUAUCAAACGCAUUUGUAGAUAUAUUGUAUUCUAUUUUGUUGUCUUUGUAUAUACGCAUAUAAAAACAUUAAAGAAAUUCGAUCUUAACUGGUUCAACACAAAAACAUGAAAUCUAAUUCUAAAUUGAUGAUCAGUGAAUCAAAAAGGAAGGAAGCGAAGGUAAUAAAGAAACAUGAUAUGAAAAUUUUGUCACUUAAAAAAGUUUUUGUCCCUUUCAUCUGAAAAAGAUUUUUACUCAAGAAACACUUAUUCUCUUUGAGAAUUUCUAUUACUGGAAGCUGGAAGGCAAAUACAAAUCAGGUAAAAUAAGGAGAAAAAAAUACAUAUAUUAACAUAACAACAAGAUGGGAUAUAAUCAUGUUAUUGGUUUUAAUAAUUAAAUUAACUUCCAACAAACUCGACAUUUGUGAAAACGUGCGGCAUAAACAUGUUUUAAAUGGUAAUAAAACAUUUACUCAGAUAUGUAUAGUGUCAAAACAUUGAUUCAGUUUGACUUGAAUACUUUAAUAUCAGUCACAGUCUUGCAAGAAAAACAGCUUUUUUAGGUUGAUUAUCACAUUUUGGAAGUAAAAAGAUAUACCAAUCUAGCCUGAUACCACUACAUUACACUGCUGUUCAAAAAUUAGGUAAAAAAUUGGGUUGCUAUUUUUCAUCAGAAGAAGGAUGUGUUUGCGGUGCGUGUAAAAAUGGGUUCCUGCUUAUCUAGUCCAUCGUCACAAAAGAAAAAGAAAAAACAUCAUCGCGGUGGUGGUGGUGACGGUAGUACUAGCAGUUCACAUGGUGGUGGUGAUGGCGGUGAUGUUGAUGGUGAUGAGGGAGUUGGCGGUGACGUAGGUGGUGUAGGUGGUGGGGACAGUGGAGGUGAUGGUGGUGGAGACGGUGGAGGGGACGGCGGUGGAGACGGUGGAGGUGAUGGUGGUGGAGACGGUGGAGGUUGUGGUGGAGGUUGUGGUGGUGGGGGUUGUGGCGGAGGUUGUGGUGGCGACUAGAUCAGCAAAUGAGUAUAUAAUGAAAUGAUUAGAAGAAAUUGUAAAUUUUUUAUCAAAUUGGAAAAGUAAAGAGGUAUACGAUAA